AUGCUAAGUGCCGUCGCAGCGCGUAAAGCGCGUCUCGCGCAGUCUCAACAAUCAGCGACACCUCCUGCUUCUGAUACAUCGUCGACCACCGCUGCUGAUGCGUCUUCUGAGAAGUCAAAAGUCUCGAAGAAACCAACGUCAAAGCGGAAAUUGAGCGGUCAAGUACCCGCUCCGUCCCCCGACAAGAAAAAGAAGCGAGCUAAACAUAACGAGAAAAAGCAAAAGCCUGUCUCCAACGCUGGUACUGAUGCGUUCGCAAAACAAGACGACGUAAUCGUCAUCGAGGAUGAAGAGUCCUCAAGCUCGGAGGAGGAUGUGCGAAGUACUCUCUUACCCCGUCUUGUAGCCUCUGAAGUUCCAUCGAGCUCCAGGCGGCGAGCUUGGUCACCCAGUAAUCCGGUGUACGAUUCAUCGGAUGAUGAGGCCCAGGAUGUACCUGUGAAUGACCUUCUGGAUAUACCGGUCCAUUCUUUCCCCAAGGCGCAACCUUCGACCGUCACACUGAGCACCUUUCAACCCACGCGGGACUAUAAUCUUUUCCGACUAUCACCAGACUCUGCCGCUCGGUACGGCCUUUUGUCCUCCCACGACAGAGACUCUACCUCUUCUCUGCUUGCACUUGCCCCGGGAGAGACGGUAUGCCUUCUAGGAACAUACACUAUCACCGUUCUAGCUGGCUCUGUAUCACUGUGUGGCAGCACACUAUCUGCCUCGUCUGUGUCACACCGCGUCUUUGCCCCGCGGUCCUCCCCUAUACCUGUCAUACGAUGUGUCUCGUCGGAUUCAACAGAAUUUCCGUCCGAGCUGCCGUCGUCCGUGAAACAAGCUGUGCCGAAGGGCGGUUCUCUUGUCUGGCUAGAAGGAUUGCGCACCCAUGUUGAAGGUUUGGGUCGAAUAUGCAGGACGUUCGAUGGUGUCUUCUCGCCAUCUCGAUGGCAGAGUGGGGAUAACUUAAUCCCUGGUGUCAGCGGUGUCCACUUGAUUAGUCAGUCGAGCAGAGACGCACAAGUCUUCUGCGUGCCUGACUCAUGGGAUGCUGCUCUCUCGGCUGUACUAUCGCACGCAAAGGCGGGGGAUAUGAAGCCUCCAGUUUGUCUCGUGAAGGGUCCUAAGAAUGCGGGCAAGAGCACGUUUGCCAGAACCUUGCUGAAUCGUCUGGUAACCAAGUAUGCAAGGGUCGCCUUCUUGGAGUGCGAUCUGGGUCAAUCCGAGUUCACACCUGGCGGCAUGGUCGCGCUGAACGUCCUCGAUACGCCUCUCUUUGGUCCCCCAUUCACCCAUAUGUCCAUCCCGAAUCAUGCACAUUACAUCGGUUCGGCCUCGCCUCGCUCCUCUCCCUCACAUUACCUCUCCUCAAUCCAUGCCCUGCUCCAAUCCUACCGUCUUGAUAUCCAGUUUUUGGCCGACGCCAGCAGCGGGGGAAACUCCGAUAAAAUAGGGGACGUCAUUCCACUGGUAGUGAACACCAUGGGCUGGACGAAAGGUCUCGGUGCGGAUCUGUCGCGCAAAAUCGAAGAGAUGGUUGAGCCGAGCGAUGUCUUCGAGUUUGAACCGCCAAUAGCAGAGUACGUAUGGCCGGCCGUUCCUGCACCUAGUGCUCGCCCUCAGGGUGAUGCGAGGUACUACACGCUAGAGUGCGUCGAGCCUUCAGUUCUGUCGACGAACUUCAGCUCUGCGGAUCACCGCACAAUGUCGAUCUUGUCUUACUUCCACGCCAUAUUCCCUCCGCAAGACCCGUCAUCAAUCGUAUCGUGCCUUUCCUCAACAUGGAACGUUGCUCUUCCGCUCUGCGCUCAGAGGCCAUACGAGUUAGAUUGGGCAGACGCUAUUGACAGAGUGUACCUAGCCGGUCCUGGCACUGAGGACGUCGUGUCCUCGGAGGUUGUCCGAGUACUCAACGGCGCCAUCGUAGGCCUGGUGGAGUGCGAGCAGGGAACGCUCGAUGCUGAGAUGGACGAGAUCGAAUUGGGAGGCCCGGAAGCCGGGCCGGUUAUUCCGUACACUCAGGGAGCUGCCCCGCCGUCCCCCCUUUCCUCGAACUGUCGUGGUCUCGCUCUCAUCCGAGGCGUAUCAUCCACGAGUACGCACUUGCAAAUCUUGACACCCGUACUACCGCUAGCGCUCGCGGACGCUCGUGUAUUGGUCAAGGGUGAGUUGGAGCUGCCAGUGUGGGGGAUGCUCGAUUUCAGGUUUGAAGACGGGCAGAGCAUCGCGGGCGUUGACAAGGGGUCGGUUCCUUACUUGCGGUGGGGGAAGGAGGAGGGGCUCGGGGCGGAGCGUCGGAGGGUGCGGAGAAACCUUAUGCGGAAGGGACAAAUGUAAGGCUCUGGUCGUGAUAUUGAAGAGGAGGUCCGGCUGGUGUAAAAUGUAGUUUUCGCUUUGUUAUCUACUGUGCACCUGACUAGACGUGGAUUCCGUCCGUAGUAGUGCGACUCUUCAUGGGAGGUUUAUAAGACGGCCGUUGUUCAGCCA